AUGGAAAGUUCUCAGGCCUCCAUCUUUCCCCUCUUGAAGGGUAAAGUUGCUAUUGUUACUGGCGGUGCCCAGGGCAUGGGCAAGGAAACCGCCUCGGUAUUUCUUCGGGCGGGGGCCAAAGUGGUUAUUGCAGAUGUCAAAGAAGAUCAAGGUCUGAAAGUUGCUGAAGAGCUUUCCUCUCUUGGAGAUAUUCGUUUCGUGGCAACAGAUAUUUCGAAGUCCAGUGAUGUUCAAAACCUCAUUGAGCAAACGGUCAAAGAAUUUGGAAAGCUAGAUGUGGCCAUCAACAACGCGGCAAUGUCGCCGGAUAAGACAUCACUCACUGAGUUUGAUGAGUCCUAUUGGCGUCAGCUUUUGGAUGUUAACUUAACUGGCACUGCUCUCUGCUGCAAGUACCAAAUGCAGCAGUUUCAGAAGCAGAACACGAAAGGGUCUAUCGUGAAUAUUGCGUCUAUCAAUGCUUUUAUGCCCCAACCAAAUAUGCCUGCCUACACGUCCGCAAAGCAUGCUCUUAUUGGCUUGACAAAGCAUGCUGCAACAGAAGGUGGCCCAAGUGGCAUCCGAGUUAAUGCUAUUGCGCCAGGGGCAAUUUUUAGUGAAAUGUCGGCCAAAGCAUUGGAAAUCAUAGGUACUACUCACGAAGAAUUUGCGCCUAAAGUGAGCAGCUUAAACAGAUUUGGACAGGCUCAUGAGGUUGCACAAGGAUCUCUUUGGCUUGCAUCAGACUGUUCAUCCUACGUAAACGGUAUCUGCCUUCCUAUUGAUGGAGGGUUCUUAUCUAAGUGGUAG